UGAAUCCGUGCCAUUGUACACGUGUGUAAGAGGGAGAAACGCUGUUUGGAGGAGAAGAUAAGGCAGACCGAGUAGGCAAAUUUAACAGGUAGCCGUGAGUCAAGGGUGUGUUGUCUGUCAAUCCAAUCGUCCAUGCGCUGAGCUUUGUCGAGAGGAAUCAGCAACGUGGAGGUGGAGGCGAUGAAAUGACAGUGCCUGCUUAUGUGUUGCCGCACCCGGUCAAAAUGGAGGACAGUCCGUCACCCGCGCUCACCCCAGCACCGCCCCCAUCCGUCUAUGAGCCGUUACCGCCAAUCAUGGACCAGAAUCCCCUCCUCGUUGCCUCUCCACAAGCGCCACAGUAUGACGCACAGGCAGUAUCAGCAGCCACGGAAGUAGCUGUAGCAGCAGAUGGGGCAGCAGCAGCAGCAGUGGGGGGGAAGGAGGCGGCUUCAGCUGCUGGGAGAGUCGCGGUUGUUGCUGAGUCGCCUCGCUCCCGCUCUCUCUCCCAAUCCUCCCACUCUCUGUCUCAUUCUCACUCGCAUACGCCCAGGAGCAAGCCUGGGCUUGCGCGGUCCCCCUCCUCGGCCUCCUCCACCGCCUCGUCGCUGGCCUCCCCUUCCAAGCAUCCAUCAAGGUCGUCCUCGUCUCGCUCCCGCCAGGACGAGCCAUCAGGCCUCAAGCCCCGCAUGCCCUCCUUCUCGUCCGCUGCUUCGGAAGCCACAAGCUCGCCUCGUCCCCGCCACAGGACGAAGGACGAGAGCAAGGAGAAAGAGAAGGAGGAGGAGGGGAGCAAGGACAAGGAGAGGGAAAGACGCGACAGAGACAAGGAUAAGGAGAAGGACAGAGACAGGGACAGGGAGAAGGAGAAGGAGAGGCGAGAGAGGAAGGAGCGAAGGGAGAGGAAGGACAGGGAGAAGGAGCAGGGGGAGAGGGUAAGCGAGGGGUCACGGGGCAGCGACGACGAUCAUGCAGUCACGUUAUUACAAGAAGAGGUGGCGCGGCUGGUGAAGGAGAAGGAAGCUGCAGCAGCUGCAGCCGCUGAAGCAGCAGCAGCAGCAGCAGCGAGUGCGGGGGCAGAGCGAGCAGCGCUGGAGCAGCAGGUGGGGGUUCUCAAGGGAGAGCUGGCAGAGGCGCAGGCGUGCAUUCUCACCCUCUCCCAGGCAAAGGCUGAUGCUCAGAAUAAUCUGUUGAGCAAGGAGGAGGAGAUGGAGGUGCUGGCGCGGCAGUGGCAGCAGCAGCUGGCAGAGCACCAGUCAGAGCUGCAGCAACUCCAGAACAAACUGCAAGAAUCCCAGAAGCAGCUGCAAGAGCAGCAAGAGAAGCAGCAGCAGCAGCAGCAGCAUGAAUCGCCUGCUCCAUCACCUUCGCAAUCCAGGGCUGCUCGACAGGCAGAGCAGGAGAUCCGGCAGCUGCAGGAGGAGGUGGAGCGGUGGAAGGAGCACUCGGCGGAGCUGGCGAGAGAGAGGAUGGACAAGGAGGACGAGCUGCUCGCCAUGCAGGAGGACUGGAACAAAACGGAGUCUGAGCUGCGAGUGCGGCUGACCCAGCUAGAGGCUGAGCGCAACCACUGGCAGAAGCAGUUCGCAGAGGCGUCAACCGGCCAGGCUGCAACUGCCCACCGCCCUCCCUCCCCUGCCCGCACUGCCUUACCCUCCUCCGCAUCUGCCAUAGCAGCUGCUGUGUCCGUAGCAGCUGGAGCAGGUGGAGAAGGAAGGGAUGGUGACAGCAAUGGGAACGGGGAGGGGGUGGAAUCUGCGAGUUAUUUGAACAAGGAAGGUGCAGAAUCGGCAGCUGGUGGUGAAACAGUGAACGCUGAAGGCACAGCUGAGCUCGUUACGGAACCUUCAGCUACAGAAGCAGAAACAGCAGCAGCAGCAGGGGCAGGAUCAGGGACCGACGGGGGAGUACACCUGGUAGCAGUGCAGCAGGAGCUCGUGCUGUGCCGCGCAGAGGUGGCCCAGCUGAAAGCAGCGGAGGAGCGGCUGAGCCACGAGGUGCAGUCUCUGGGGCAGGAGAAGCGCGAGCUGCAGCGCGAGGUGGGCGCGCUGAACGAGGAGCUCAGGACGGAGAGGGAGCUGUCUGCCGAGGCGGGGGUGAUGGCGGAGCAGGAGUGGCAGAAGCGGCAGGAGCUGGAGCGGGUGAAGAGGGACCUGGAGCGCCAGCUAGCCAAGGCCAAUGCUGCCCCCGCUGCUGCUGCUGGUGGUACUCCUGGUGGCGCGGCUGCUGCUGGUAGUGAUGGCAGGAUAGGAGAGGGCGCCAGUGGAGCGAAUGGGAUGCAGGGGAAGGGGGCAGUGGCAGCAGGGGGGAACGGAGGAGGGGGAGACUCGGGUAUGCUGCCCAAGUCCCUUGACUCUGCCUUUGAUGGCGCAGCAGGCCCCAGCGACCACGCCCCUGAGGCAGGCGAGUCAAACGCAAGUGGAGGUGGUGGGGGCGGGGGCGGUGACGCUGCUGCUGCUGCGUUGAGGGACGCUCAGUCGGCAGCAGCAGCGCUGCAGCUAGUGAAGGAGCAGCUGGAGCUGCAGGUGAAGGCGCUGAAGGAGCAGGGUGAGAUGCUACAGCGGAAAUCAGAGGCUCUCCAGCUGGAAGUGGCCGUGCUGCAGCGGGAGGUGCAGGAGGGCCGGCACAAGGUGGCCGAGGCACGCGAGGUGCAGAGCAGGGCCGAGGAGGAGCGAGAAAGGGAGGCCAUACGGGCUGCUUUCAGCCGCGUGUGUCUCCAGCUGGUGGGGGAGUCCAAGCAGAGAGCCGAAGUGGACGCAGCGGCGGCGGCAGUGCUUGUAUCGUCGGCGAAUGAACGAGAGAAGGCAGCGGAAAAGUGCCUGUUUGCGCUGCUGAGUGAGGUGUCUCGGCUGGUGAAGGUGCAUGAGGUGCAGGCGAGGAACAAGGGAGCGGCGUACCAUAGGUACCGGAUCACCCUGGCAGAUAUCGAGAGUGUGAAAGAGGACCUUCAGGAGGUGAUGAGGAGCAUAGAGACACACGCUGCUGUGACUGAGAGGAGCCGUGUGAAGGGAUGGUCCGGGAUAGGCUCGGACCUCUCCGGCAUGGCUGAUGCCAUAGCUGCUGCCUCAGCUGCUGCUUCCGCUGCUGCGUCUGCUGCUGCUGCUGCGACUUCAGUUGUUGGAGGGGGGGGCGGAGGAGGGAGUGCAGGGGGGACUGAUUGGGGGGGAGCGCGGGGGGCGCAAGGGCAAGGCAGGGACGAGGAACCUGUAGCCAGCAAGCUGCUGGCAGAGCUGCUAGAGAGGGAGGUUGAGCAGGUGAUGCGCCGGGUGCAGGAGGCUGAGAAGCUGCAGGCAGCGAUCGAAGCAGUGGUGGCGGGGGAGCGGAGAUUGAUGGAGGACGUGCAGCGCGAGCUGCAGGCCGUGCAGGCGAAGCUAGUCGAGGCUGAGAUGAUUCGCGAGCAGGCUGAGGCGCUGCGAGAGACGGAAAGGGUCCUGAGCAGGGAGAUUGAGGAGGAAGGGAAGGAGGCCAAGGUACGGGCGCUGGAGGAGGAGGAGGUGGAGGGGAGGAUCAUCGCUCUAGAGGCAACAGAGCAGGUGAUCAGGUCGGAUCUGGAAGAGAAGAGCCUGAAGCUGAGGCAGAUAGACAGGGACCAUCCGGAUCUGAGUGCGGCCGCAAGCCUGGCAGCGGCAGGUGAGAGCAGCGCGGCAGCGGGGUUAAAGAAGCUGUUUGCGAUGGGGAGGAUGGCGGGGCCUGCGGUGGCGGGGCCGCUGUCGGGCCCGGCGGGGGACAGGGCGAAGCUGCUGGAUGAGAUACGCGUGAUGCGGGAGCAGCUCAUGUGGACCCAGUCGUCCCUCAUCAAGGCCCGGCAGAGACUCCCCGAGCUGCACCAGGAGGCGGCGGAGUGUCGGCGCAGGGUGGAGAAGAAGGAGAAGGAGGCGGAGAGAGUCCGGCAGUGGCUACUCAACCAUGCUACUGCUACGGGGGACAGAUGGGGGGAAGAGAGAGGGGGGGGUGGAGUGGGAGGAAGAGAAAGGGGAGGAGGGGAAGCAGUGCUAAGAUACGGGCUGGGAGGAGGGCUGGCAGGUGUGGCAGGAGGGAGAAAUGUUGGGAGUGGCAGCAGUGCUGGUGAUAGAGAGGAUGUGGGCAAGAAGAGUAGCGGUGGCAGUGUGUGGGGAUGGUGGGGCACGAAGAAUGAAGGUCACCCACCCAGCUCUCCUCCCACACAUACUACUGCAGCUGUCUCUGUUGCUGCUGCUACCCCUACUGCUACUGCUUCUGGUGCUGCUGUGCAUGCUGCAGCUCCUACAGCUUCUGCUAUAACCCUGCCAGGAUCUAGACCGCCAGCAGCAGCAGCAGCAGCAGCAUCAACAGCAGCAUCAACAGCAGCAGCGGAAGCAGCAGUUGCAACUCCCUCAGACUCGCUUCAGCCUCCAGAGAAGGAACAGCUGACAGGAGGGGAGGAUCAAAUGGGGGAGGGGUAUGGGCUAGAAGCAGGAGGAGCUGUUCAAACAGGGGCAGAAUGUGAAGACUAUUAUGAACAUGAGGAGGAGGAUGCAUAUGACAAUGGGGAGGGGGGUGAUGAAAAUGUUGAAUAUGGGGUUGAUGGGGAGGAUGCUGAGGAAAAUUGGGAGGGUGAUGAGAAUGGCGAGGGGGUUGAUGAAAGUGAAGAGGAUGGGCCGAAUGAAGGUGUGCAGACGGGCAGAUAAAGCAACUCUUAGGGAACCACGGAGGCUGUCAUUGCUAAUGCAUGAAUUUUAACAUACAGCUGUAAAAUGCGAACUUCAGAGAGGAUUUCUUUGGCUUGGGGCCAUUGCUCUUUUUAGAGAG